CUUAAUGUCAUUAGCUGGACAUGAGUCCAGUUUGAAGUUAUGUGUCGGUCUCUUUAACGCUACCGAUUAGCUGAGGGGCUACGUGUCACAGUCACGCACACCAGUUAAAGUUUUUAGCAAGUUUGCUAACAAGCUAGGGGUUUAGAGCUAAUAAUCCGUGCUACUCUGAUGAAUCUAAAUCUGACUCCACUGCAUACCACACUCCUUCCCGAGGGCAAAAGCUGGCAGGCUGACGGGAACUUGCAUUUUUACAGGACGGAUUAUCUGGUAACUGACCAUUUAGCUGUGGCACGCUCGGACUCUGUGUAACGUGGGAUUUUGACCAUGAGCUCAGUCGCUGUACUUACGCAGGAAAGCUUCAAUGAACACCGCAGUGGGCUCUUGCCAGAGCAGAGUGGUGCUGCUGUGGCAGGACCCAGUGCUGGCGAGGAAGAGGAUGCACUUCCUACCUAUAAGGAAGCCUUCCCCCCUCUGCCUGAGAAAGCGGCCACACCUGAGGGGACCCAGGACACUACCAAUGCCUGGACAAAGAUUCGUCCUCUCAAGUCUUCUGUUAUCACCCAGGUUUUCCAUGUGCCGCUAGAGGAGCGUAAGUACAAGGACAUCAAUCAGUUUGGGGAAGGAGACCAAGCAAAGGUUUGUGUGGACAUCAUGCACAAGACUGGAGCCCACCUGGAACUCUCCUUGGCUAAAGACCAGGGUCUCUCUAUCAUGGUCUCUGGAAAACUGGAUGCAGUUAUGAAGGCCCGGAAGGAGAUUGUGUCCCGACUGCAGACUCAAGCUUCGGCUACUGUUGCCAUCCCCAAGGAGCACCAUCGUUUUGUCAUUGGCAAAAAUGGGGAGAAACUUCAGGAGCUAGAGCUCAAAACAGCCACUAAAAUUCAGAUCCCAAGACCCGACGACCCCAGCAACCAGAUCAAGAUCUCUGGUACUAAGGAGGGCCUGGAAAAGGCGAAGCACGAGAUCUUGUUGAUCUCUGCUGAGCAGGACAAACGUGCUGUAGAGAGGGUGAACAUUGACAAGGUGUACCACCCCUUCAUCACUGGUGCCUACAAUAAGCUGGUAGGAGAGAUGAUGCAGGAGACCAGUGCCCGCAUCAAUGUUCCCCCUCCAAGUGUCAACAAGACCGAGAUUGUCAUCACUGGGGAAAAGGAGCAGGUGGCCCUUGCUGUGACUCUGAUCAAAAAGAUUUAUGAGGAGAAGAAGAAGAAUACCACCACUAUUGCAGUGGAGGUGAAGAAGUCUCAGCACAAAUAUGUGGUUGGCCCCAAGGGAAACACCCUGCAGGAGAUCUUGGAAAGAACUGGUGUCUCAGUUGAGAUCCCACCCUCUGACAGCAGCUCAGAAACUGUCAUCCUUCGUGGGGAGCCAGACCGUCUGGGUCAGGCUCUCACCGAAGUUUAUGCCAAGGCAAACAGUUAUACUGUUUCCUCGGUUAUGGCUCCAUCUUGGCUUCACCGUUUCAUUAUUGGCAAGAAGGGGCAGAACUUGGCAAAGAUUACCCAACAAAUGCCUAAGGUGCACAUCGAGUUCACUGAGGGUGAGGAUAAGAUCACCUUGGAGGGUCCAACCAAGGAUGUGCAAAUGGUGCAGAGCCAAAUUCAAACCAUUGUAACAGAUUUGGUAAGCCGAAUGGACUACACAGAAAUUAGCGUAGAUCCUAAAUUCCAUCGUCAUCUGAUUGGAAAAGGAGGCGUUAACAUCAACCGCAUCAAAGAGCUUCACAAGGUGACUGUCCGUAUCCCCCCUGACAACGAAAAGAGCAACUUGAUCCGUAUUGAGGGGGAUCCCCAAGGUGUACAGGAGGCCAAGAAAGAGCUACUGGAGCUUGCGUCACGCAUGGAGAAUGAGCGGACAAAGGACCUGAUUAUUGAACAGCGUUUUCACAGAGCAAUCAUUGGCCAAAAAGGAGAAAAGAUAAAAGAAGUGCGCGACAAAUUUCCGGAGGUCAUCAUCAACUUUCCUGACCCAGCGCAGAAAAGUGAUAUUGUUCAACUUAGGGGCCCAAGAACUGAGGUUGAAAAAUGCUCAAAGUUUAUGCAGAAGAUGGUGGCUGAGAUGGUGGAGAACAGCCACUCUGUCUCUGUACCCAUCUUCAAGCAAUUUCAUAGAAACAUAAUUGGAAAAGGAGGAUCAAAUAUAAAGAAGAUUCGUGAGGAAACCAACACCAAAAUUGACCUGCCUGCUGAGAACAGCAACUCUGAAAUGAUUGUCAUCACGGGGAAGAAGGCAAAUUGUGAGGCAGCGCGAAACCGGAUUUUGGCCAUUCAGAAGGAACUGGCAAACAUUACAGAAAUGGAUGUCUCCAUACCCUCAAAGUUGCACAACUCCUUGAUCGGGUCAAAAGGCCGUUUAGUACGUUCCAUCAUGGAGGAGUGUGGUGGUGUGCACAUCCACUUCCCCACAGAGGGCUCAGGGAUCGAUAAAGUCACCAUCAGAGGCCCUGUGGAGGAGGUGGAGAAAGCCAAACAGCAGCUGCUUGCUUUGGCAGAGGAAAAGCAAACAAAAAGUCACACUGCUGAGCUACAUGCAAAGCCAGAGUAUCACAAGUUUCUCAUUGGAAAAGGUGGCGGAAACAUCCGUAAGGUUCGUGACAGCACCGGGGCCAGAAUCAUCUUCCCCACUGCAGAUGACAAAGACCAAGAGCUGAUCACUGUGGUUGGAACAGAGGAAGCGGUGAGGGAGGCCCAGAAAGAGUUGGAGGAACUGAUCAAGAGUUUGGACAACAUUGUGGAGGAUACCAUGACCGUUGACCCCAAGUAUCAUCGCCACUUUGUGGCUCGCCGUGGUCAAGUCCUCAGGGAACUGGCUGACGAGUACGGUGGUGUCAUGGUCAGCUUCCCUCGAACAGGUUUGCAGAGCGAAAAGGUCACCCUCAAAGGAGCCAAAGAAUGCGUGGAGGCUGCAAAGAAGCGCAUGAUGGAGAUUAUUGAGGACUUGGAAGCUCAAGUGACUAUGGAGUGUGUGAUUCCUCAAAAGUUUCACCGUUCUAUCAUGGGACCCAAAGGCUCACGCAUUCAGCAGAUCACCAGAGAUCAUAAUGUGCAGAUCAAAUUUCCAGAGCGUGAAGACCCACAAGCCGCUGCUCCUCCUGCAGAGGCUCCUGUUCAAGAAAAUGGAGAAGCGAACGGUGAAAUGAAGGAACCAGUUGAUCCAAAUGUGCCCAAAAAGUGUGACGUGAUUGUGAUUUCUGGCCGCAAAGAGCGCUGUGAAGCUGCCAUGGAAGCAUUGAAGGCCUUGGUUCCGGUCACUGUUGAGGUGGAAGUGCCUUUUGAGCUUCAUAGAUACAUCAUUGGUCAGAAAGGAAGUGGAAUUCGCAAGAUGAUGGAUGAAUUUGAGGUAAAUAUUCAAGUGCCUGCUCCUGAGCAGCAGUCAAAUAAAAUUGCAAUCACUGGCUUGGCCAGUCACCUUGACCGUGCCAAAGAAGGCCUCUUGGAGCGAGUCAAGGAGCUGCUGGCUGAGCAGGAGGACCGGGCUCUCAGGAACUUCAAGCUGACCAUCACUGUGGACCCCAAGUAUCAUCCCAAAAUCAUCGGCCGCAAGGGUGCCAUUAUUACAAACAUUCGUACCGAGCAUGAUGUCAACAUCCAGUUCCCAGAGAAGAAUGAUGAAAACCAGGAUCAGAUUACUAUUACAGGGUAUGAGCACAAAGCCAUAGCUGCACGAGAUGCCAUUCAGGCUAUUGUGGAUGAGCUGGAAGAGAUGAUCUCUGAGGACAUCACCCUGGACAGCAGGAUCCAUGCCCGCAUCAUUGGAGCUCGUGGCAAGGGCAUCCGCAAGAUCAUGGAUGAGUUUAAGGUGGAUCUCAGGUUCCCCCAGAGUGGAGCUGCAGACCCAAACCGUGUGACGGUCAUCGGUCGCCCUGAGCUUGUGGAUGAGGCUAUUGACCAUCUGCUGAACCUAGAAGAGGAAUAUAUGGUAGAUGUUGCUGAAAAUGAGGCAAAGAUGGCUUACAUGAGGCCACCCAGUGGAAGCUCUGCUGCGAUGGAUGAACAACGCGGCCCAUCCAAAGGUUUUGUGGUGAGGGAGGCUCCCUGGGCCACAGGCAAUGAGAAGGCCCCUGAUAUGAGCAGCUCUGAAGAUUUCCCCAGCUUUGGAGCCCCAGUAGCAACAAAGACCUCACCUUGGGGACCCAAGCGUUUCUAAGGCACGUAUCUCCAUGCGGGCCAGAGAUUAACCAGUCACAGUUCUCCCUUUUAUUGCCCCCCUCUUUGACCUGGACUGACCGCUGUCCCUAGAAGUCUUCAGUUCUGAGAAUAUCAUCCUUCUCUGUUCUCUAUUGGUCUACCCCUCCAGUCAUCAGUCUACAAGUGCUUUCAGAUACUGUAAUUGACUUGUGAGCUUUGUAUCUGCAUUAAAGAAAAAAACAAACAAACUUAUGCUUAAAAAGUUACAGGUGUUGUAGUUGAGUCUAAACUGUCUACAACAGACUCAUCUUCAAAACAAUUCAUAGUGGUUUGAACUGUUAUACCAAACUGUGGUGACCGGACAUCACAUUAUUUGAGCUGCCCUCAUCUUAGUUGCCUUUGCGGGAGGGGCGAAAGGAACUGGGUCCCUACUAUUCAGACCUGGUGUCUGACCAGUGAGACGAGCUGUUUAGCACCCUUCCUGCUUUAUUCAUGUAGCUGAGUGAAAAUCUUCAUUCAGCCCCAAAGCAUACAGUAGUGGUUGUCCUCUGUAAUGUCGCCCCAUCUGCUUGUAACUGCUUUUUAUUAAUAUGAUCAAGUAGUGGAGUCUGCCUUGUAGCCUUAUGAAUUGGUAAAACUGUACAGAGGAGCAGCUCACUUUCAGCCACUGCAGAAUGGUACCCUCUUAAACUGCCAGAUGCUUGGAGAGCAUGUCAAAAUGAAACCUUCUACAACACUAGGCAUAGAGCUCCAACGCAUCAAUCCUCACACUAAUUGUUGAUUGAACUGUUUUUAACAUCCAAGUAAAUCACUACAGAAGAAAAACUGUUUGUGAGCAAAACAGCAGCCCAUUGUGUGCCAACUAUCUGUCUAGUGAUGUCCUGUGUUACUCACCCUCUGCAUUGGGUCAGUGUCCAGUCCCUUUGUCUUCCGAUUGCUAUGCAGAGUGUUCUGUUCAAUAGCAAGGACCCUUUUGGUUUCUUUUUUUUUUUUUUUUUUUCCCCUUAUCAGCCUUACAAACUAGAAAGAUACAAACCAGGUAGUGAUGAUGUAGAGGUGCAUUUUAUAAUGGACAGCUGGAGGGGUCACCUCCCUGUCGUCCCCCUUUUUCUUUUCAAGCUUUUGAACCAUUUUAUUUUUGUAUUCCUUUUUUCCCCCAGUUAUCAUUAUCAGUAAAAUUCUACUUGGAGUGCAAGUUUGGCUUGUUAAGCUGAUUGAUCAACCUACCUUGGUUUAUAUCCUCCUAGUGUCGAAUGAAAGAAUAUGCAAAUACCAUUGAAGUGAACGGUAAUGGAUGACACUGGAAAAAAUGGUCCAAAAAGUCAAUAAAAAUGCGAAAACCUUCA